CCCACUCUCAUCCAAAAAAAUUGUGUUUUUGAAAACACAGGAUGGCGCUCUCUUUCUCAUUACAAAACCUCUCACAACUCAGCUCCAAUGCCGCAGCGCACUCUUUCUUUCUCCUGCUCCAAGACCCAACUGAAAGCAAAGAGCUUGUGGGAGGGACUAGGAGUAAUGGCGGAGAAAGAGAAAUGCGUACAUUUCACUCGCGCAGCGAAGAAGAGGGCAGCUGCAAUCGAGGACCAGUCUGCCAACAAGAAGCGUGUCGUUUUGGGGUUGCUCCCAAAUCUUUCAAACGUUGUUGUUACUGCGAGUCCGAGCGCUGGGGUUGAGCUGUUGAAGCCGAAAUGUAAAACAAAAGCGAAGGCCAAGAAAAAGGGAUCGAGGACGACCCUAGCAAAGGCAACAGAGGAAAUCGCUGAGAAGUCGGACAUUAACGGCAAGUCGGAUGAUCCGCAACUGUGCGGGGCUUAUGCAUCUGAUAUUUAUGAGUAUCUUCGGCAAAUGGAGAUGGAAUCUAAAAGAAGACCUUUACCCGACUACCUUGAGAAGGUUCAGAAGGAUGUUACUGCCAAUAUGAGAGGAAUAUUGGUGGAUUGGCUGGUUGAUGUUGCAGAGGAAUACAAGCUUCUACCAGACACUCUGUAUCUUUCCAUUUCAUACAUCGACAGAUUCUUAUCCUUGAAUGUUCUCAAUAGGCAGAAACUUCAACUGCUGGGAGUUUCUUCAAUGCUCAUUGCCUCAAAGUAUGAAGAGAUUACCCCUCCGAAAGUGGAUGAAUUUUGCUGUAUUACAGAUAACACAUUCUCUAAGGCAGAGGUGGUGAAGAUGGAAGCUGAUAUACUCAAGUUGCUAAUGUUUGAAAUGGGCAAUCCUACCAUAAAGACAUUUCUAAGAAUUUUCAAUAGUGUUGCUCAAGAAAAUUACAAAACUCCCAAUUCGAAGUUAGAGUUCCUGGGCUAUUAUCUCGCAGAGUUGAGUUUGUUAGAUUAUAACUGUGUGAAAUUUUCACCUUCCUUGGUGGCUGCAUCAGUCAUAUUUAUUGCAAGAUUUAUUAUCCAACCAAAGAUGCAUCCUUGGUCCCCAAAAUUGCAAAACUAUACUGGCUAUAAACCAGUUGAUUUGAAGGAAUGCAUUCAUCUCAUACAUGACCUGCAUCUACGUAAAAAAGGAGGUUCUUUGCAAGCUAUAAGAGAUAAAUACAAGCAGCAUAAGUUCAAAUAUGUGGGGUCUCUGCCUUUGCCAGAAAUACCGACUUCUUACUUCGAGGAUAUAAAACAAUGACACUGGCGUUUGGAUUGAUAGAAGACAUUGUAGCAGGAAAAGUUUUGGGUCGUAGAACGGAAAUGGUUGUUUUCAACAAAAGUGACACAGAAAUUGACC